CUCCCUCCAUGUUUCAUUUUAACUUUUGAGUCUGUUCUGGGGUGUUGAACGCGAAACUUAUCAGCCACGUUUUAAAAAUCCUCUUUGAAGUAGCUGUUUUCAUCCUUCCUCGUUUCUUCAACAGAAAGAAAAUCGACAGUGGAGUGCCAGUGAUGAUGGUGGAAUCAGCCUCUGAGACCAUUCGAACGACACCGUCCAACCAGAACGGAGUCAGCAGCCUCAGCAGCCAGUCAGAUGGAGGGGGAGGUAGAGAGGGCGGGUCUAACGGAGACACCAACGGAGAGAUCAGCCCAGUCGACUUACUGCACCUGCAGCAACAACAGGCGCUCCAGGCAGCCAGACAGUUCCUCCUCCAGCAGGCCUCUGGACUCAACUCCCCUGGCAGCAACGAGGUCAAACAGAGCCCUGUGCAGGUGCCUGUGUCCAUGGCAAUGAUGAGUCCACAGAUGAUCACUCCUCAGCAGAUGCAGCAGAUCUUGUCUCCCCCUCAGCUCCAGGCCCUGCUGCAGCAACAGCAGGCUUUAAUGCUACAGCAGUUACAGGAGUACUACAAGAAGCAGCAGGAGCAGUUGCAUCUCCAGCUCCUGACUCAGCAGCAGCAGCAGCAACAGCAGCAGGCCGGGAAGCAAGCAGCAAAAGAGCAAUUAGGCAGUAAGCAGUUGGCCUUCCAGCAGCAGUUGAUCCAGAUGCAGCAGCUUCAGCAGCAGCACAUCCUCAACCUCCAGAGACAAGGCCUGGUCCCUCUGCAGCCCACCGCCGCCAUGCAGUCUCUGCAGCAAGCGAUGUGUCCGUCAGACCUCCAGCAGCUGUGGAAGGAGGUGUCGGGGGUGCCAAGCAGCGAGGAGGCCCUGAAACAGGCCGAGGGCCUGGACUUGAGCACCAACAGCUCCAACUCUACCUCAGCCUUCCCCAAAGCUGCCAGCGCUCACAUCCCACUGCACAGCCUGCCCAAUGGACAGAGCCACACCCCAAAGAGAGACAGAGCCAGACUGUUUGAGUGGAUAUCCUCCUUCACCAAGGCAGACAGCGGAGAUGACCAUGUCCCCCUUUACUCCAAAGGCAGCCAACCCCCCAGCAGCCAUCAUGAGGAACAUGCCGGCUCCCAUCCUCUCUACGGCCAUGGAGAGUGUAAGUGGCCUGGCUGUGAAGCACUGUGUGAGGACAUGGGACAGUUCAUCAAGCACUUGAACAAUGAACACGCCCUAGAUGACCGCAGUACUGCUCAGUGCCGAGUCCAAAUGCAGGUGGUUCAGCAGCUGGAGAUACAGCUGGCAAAAGAGAGCGAGCGACUCCAGGCCAUGAUGACCCACCUGCACAUGCGUCCCUCAGAGCCAAAGCCUUUUAACCAACCCCUGAACCUGGCUUCUAGCGGCUCUCUCUUAAAGCGGGACAGCGAUGCCUACCCAGAGGGUCUUCCCCACCCACCCACCUCGGCUGCCACCCCCAUCACCCCACUGCGCCAGGGACCCUCGGUCAUCAGCUCCUCCAGCCUGCACACACACUCCCACUCCCACACGCACGCUGUCGGGCCCAUACGUAGGCGCAACUCCGACAAGUAUUGCACCCCCAUCGCCUCAGAGCUGGCUCAGAACUGUGAGUUCUACAAGAACGCUGAUGUCAGGCCCCCCUUUACCUACGCCUCUCUUAUACGUCAUGCCAUUCUGGAGUCCCCAGACAGACAGUUGACUCUCAAUGAAAUCUACAACUGGUUUACACGAAAGUUUGCCUACUUCAGGAGAAACACAGCCACAUGGAAGAAUGCUGUGCGCCACAACCUGAGUCUGCACAAGUGUUUUGUUCGUGUUGAGAACGUGAAGGGGGCUGUGUGGACUGUGGAUGAAGUUGAAUACCAAAAGAGGAGACCACCAAAGAUGACCGGAAGUCCCACUCUGGUGAAAAACAUGAUUUCAGGCCUGGGAUUUGGAUCCCUAAACGCCAGCUACCAGGCGGCUCUGGCAGAGAGCAGUCUGUCCCUGCUGAACAGCCCUCCCCUGGUGACCCCUCCGUCGGCGGCCAGCCUCAACAUGCUGCAUGUGGGCCACGAUGAUGUCAGCUCCACCGUGGAGCAGGUCAACAGCAACGGCAGCUGCAGCCCCACGCUCAGCCCUCAACAGUACAGCCACCCGGUGCAUGUGAAGGAGGAGCCCACUGAGGUGGAGGAGGACAGUCGGCCAGUAUCCCUCCUGGCCGGCGUCACACACAGCCUGCCAUUGCCGAGCGAUGAGCGCGACCUGGAGGAGGAUCUUCCCACCGAGGAGCUGGAGUAGGACAGAUCCUAGACGGAACUGGGAGGGAGACGGGGACACGGCGAGAACAAUCCCCAAGCCCUCUCGUCCUACGUGAAGAGGACAAGAUAGCUACAGUACACUUACAAGAAAAGAGAGAAGAGAGAAAAAAAAGAGAAUGUUUUUUUUGUUGUUGUUUUUAAGAAAAUGCAAGCAACCAAGGACGACAUUAAGAAACUCCAAACAGGGUUAGAAGACCUCCGUUACUUUCAGACGCAAAAACAAGACUGUGGAGCACUGCUUUACCUCCAUGUGUUUCUUUUUCCAACACUUGGCUCAGAGGUGUAACACCACUUAAUGCAUACACACUCACACAAAGACGCACACAGACACACUCAUUCACAUGUCAAACCCAUGUUUCAUUAUCCUCCCUGGUAACAUCUGCCUCUAUGUAGAGACCCCCUUAGAGGCAUGGACACACACUCUCUCCUCCUUGCCCCCGCCACUCUGCGUACACCCUCCUCACUGGGCUGCCUGGCUAGCCGUUUUUAUCUCUGAUUGUCAGUUGAGAAGACACACAGGUACGUGUGUGUGUGUGUGUUGGAAAGAAACAGACACACAGGAUCAUGUGUAUAUAGAUUUGGAGCAGUCAUCAGGGGCUGUGCAGUAUACCUCUCCUUCUCCCCCCCUCUUUGAGUCAAUCACUUGCUUUUUCAUUUUCUUUGAUUUGAUUGAGAUGAAAGUGUUGGGCUUCAAGAUGGGAAGGAAAGGAAGGAAGGAGGAGUGCUUUUAAAGAUUACCUCCAACAAUGCUCUAACACUUCUGCAGAUCAGGCUCCCGCCUCCAUGUCGGUGUGUGAGCCCCACGGCGAGGCUGACCCAACAGAGGUGGCGCUUGGUCCCCCGGUCCCUGCCCAAACUUAUGCUCCACCACCACAACCCCCAGCAAGACACUUAGUGACGGACACCUUUAAACUCUUUGCUUCUAAGUGAGAAAAAAAAGAGAAGACAUUUUCCUACCCAGCUCCAUCCCAUCCCAUCCCCCCCUCCUCCGAAAAAGAAUGCAGGAAUAGGACCAUUUGGUGCUGUCCUUCUCCUCCCCUCCGUGCGCGGAUGGAGUGAUGAGCUUGGAACACUUAAAGAAUGAGAAGAAAAGAGAGGAAGCAGAGAAAAAACAAGGGAGGAAGCAUCUACAGAAAUAUUGUGACUUAAAAAGAAAACUGUUGAUGAUUAUGGAAUAUAACAAGAAAAAAAACGUGUGGUAGCUUUUGUCAUUUCCUUUUUUUAUUUGAUGUUAUGUUGAUGAUGUUAUUAUCAUUGUUUAUUUUUUGAGGAUCAAUAUUUCCACGGUGGCGUUCUGUUUCGACGUACCUUUUCUAAGGAUGCUGUUUUUGUUUUUGUAAUGUAAGUUGUUUGAUUUACUCUGGUUGUUCACACCAUUCCAAAUGAGUAUUGGCAAAAAAAAGAAGAAAGCGCAGUAUUGUCCCAACUUGUGAUAUCCGACCCUGAUCCUCCUUCUCCCUUUCUGUCCCAAGUGUAGCAGGCAAGAAAUUUGGAAAUAGCACUUAAAGUUGCCAUUAUCCAGACAGAUUAUUUAACAGCUGAAUCUUUUUUUGUUAAUUCUCUCUCAUUCAGUUUUUGGGUUUUGUUUUGUUUUGUAUUUAGUUGAGAAAUAUCAGUAAUGCUUUAAAAAAUAUAUAUAUUAUUACUGCAGUCAGAGAAUACCUCAUCCCACAAAGGUUCUGCCUGGAACUGUGUCCAAAUUGAUAAAGAAAAAAGGGGGAAUUCUUUCUGUGGGACACCAAAUGUGGCAACUCUGCUCAGCUUCAGAUUCAAAGCUCUAUGGUUGUAAUAGUUACUGUGUAGAAGCUAUCUGCAAUUCACUGUGUGAGUUUGUGUUAAAGGAAUAGCACGUGAGAUUUUUUUGUUUGUUUGUUUGUUUUCCGUGAGCAUAAAAGCAUUACUUUUCUCUACAGUGCCAUACCAAAUUUAACAUUUAUUUUAAUCUGUUACCUGCUUAUUCCCGUUUUAUUUUUGUUACAGGUUAACCAAAGAAAUAUGUAGAAAACCAAAAACCCUGUAGUUUAUUUUGCCCUUUUUGAGUUUCUUUUUUUUUUCUUCUUAAAGAACUGGCCAAAAGACAGACAAACCAGGAGUUUGAAUUCUUAUUAUUGUAUUCAUAUAGCUAUUGUGUUGAAAUUAUACAUGACUUACAGUGCUGAACCAUUCCAAAAACCAAAGUGUGUAAAGCAAACUAAAAUUUGGAGACAUCAAAGCUUUUACAUGAUAAGUGGUUACAAAUGACUCACAUUAGGUAUGAGGCCAAAAAAAAGUUUAAAAAAUAGUAUUAACAAACCUCGCACAGUUCCUCUGAAAAAAAUAAAACAAAAAGUAAGAGAAAAGAAAAAAGCACUUAAAGGUGAAACUCUCCCACACUCAGGCUAAACUGUGUUCCAAACACAAUCCUAGGACUGGCCCCUACUACUGUAUGAGCAGACCGAAAAACAAGGCACUCGUGAGGCUUUUGAGCACACGUGUACCUUCACAAUAUGAGAUGCCAACAGAAAGAGAGUUUAAACAGAAUGAAAAUAUUCAGCUCUGUUGAAACACCUGGCUUUACAAGAUAUUUUUCUGGUGCUGUUGUAACAAAAGAAAUUGGAGUUUUUCCAUCUAGGAAGUAAACACACCAACUAGUUCUGCAAGUAGUGUUUACAGGAAGAGAAAGUCUACUGUAAUGUGGUUACAAAAGUCACAUCUUUUAACAGGGAGGAGUAAAUCCAAAUAUCUAUCUAUGAAUAUUACAAUAAAGAGGGAACAACUAAAAACAAUGGAAAUAUACCAAUGUAAGAGGAAAACAACCAAGGGACAUCUUGUAAUUCAAAGUUGGGUUCAUAUUUUCAUACUUUUUGUCAAACUAUCUCUUGCACUUCAGACGAUUUUUCUUCUUAUUUAAUGAAAGAACCUUUCUGAUGACUUUGUGUUCAAACAGGACUGUUUCCUGUCACAUUAGAGACUGAUUUCUAACAAAGUACAAAGUGGCAGACAGACAUCUUGAAACAAGAUAAAAACCAAAAAUAACACUACCUCCUUUUUCGAAACAGUUCAACACAUAGCCAAUGGGAGACUGAACUCUCUUAAAUACUUUUUUUCCUCCAUUCUUUUUCAAUGAUAAUAGUGGAUGCCAAAAUUGUGUUUCAUUUACUGUAUGACUGACAGGAGAAAAAAAAAGCUAUUUGGUGAUCUGGACUCCCCAACACAUCUUCUUGAGCCCAAAAACAUAGAGACGUUUCACUUUCCAUGGAAUUAAAAAUGACUACCUCUCCUUAAACCACAUCUAAAGCACUCUCUAUGUCUCAAAGUGUGUUGUGAAGUGCUCGCUAUAUCUGAAAAGUUUUCUGUCGGCUGUGUAAAACUGACCAUACUCCUGCACCCGAUCAGCACUGAGCUAUGUGAACAGCCUCUCGACUGUGUGCUUUGACUGUAUGUGUGCAUAUUAAUGAUCUCAGCCAAUGAGAAACUGCUCGUUAAUGGCUAUGUGGUGUUGCAGGGGGCUGGUUGUCAGGGGUAAUGAUGGGCAGAAUAUAUAUCAGUGCCACUAGGACAUAUAUAUACAUACACACACACAUGCAGGAAGCAUAGAAGCAGGGCUAUGGGUUAGUGCAAACAGAGGCUCUGACCAUCCAGAUAUCCAAAGACCCACAACACAGCAGUACCCCCUUCACCAAAACACUCGCAGAGACGCUGAGAAGAGCGACACACACUUAACGAAACUCAUCACUACUACUAGUAAUAUCCAAACCAAGAGGAACUGCUGCAUACAGUAUAUAGAUGAUCUCUGACUUGUGCUUUAAGGUACACCUGUAAACAAAGCUGUUUUAUAAAGAUGUAGAUUGUUCACAGGUCGCCAUGUAACACUUCUGUUUUUUUUUUUUUUUUUUUUUUUUUUUUUGGUUUUGUUUUGUUUUUUUUCUCCAGCUUGGCAUAACAUGAUGUAUUCUUGUAUAUUAAUGCUUGACUUAUCUCUCCGGGGCAUUCUUUCCCAUUUUGUCCUUUGAUUUUCUCUUCUUUUUUGGGGUUUGUUUGUUUUUUUUCUCUCUCUCUGCACCUGUUUAGCUAUUGUAAAGCUUUCAGCUCUGAUUCCUAUACUGUACUGCUAAUGCUGAAGUAUAUGUAUUUAUCAUAUUAAGUGCUGCAGGUAUCUUGGUUUAAUAGUUUUGUUUUGUUUGUUUCCAUUUUUUCAGUUCUUCAUGAAACGUCUGGGACGCUGAUUUUUUAAGUGUAUUAUCUCUAAAAAAAAAUUAAAAGAAUAAAAGUUAGAUCAGUGGUUUAGGUAACACCUGUUUGUAUAUUUAUCUUAGCUAGGUCUAUUUUGAUACUUUUUUGUCUCUGUACUGCAUUUAUGCAUUUUUAAGGAAAGAAAAAAAAACAAAUGGAAAACAAACUAAAAAAGUUACUUCAUUAUGUAUUGAUACCUCAGAAGGACUUUUUCUCAAAGACAGGACCAAAACCUCCAAAAAGAAAAAGAGAAAGAGGAAAAAAUGUAAGAAUAUGUAGCCCCUCUCUUGCUUUAAAAAAAAAAUGCAGAGCUCUAGAAAGGUAUUGCUGUUGGUCCUUUCAGGUGCCAAUAUGUGUCCCUGCUCCCCGUGACCCCACCCUCUGACCCUGACCCCUGUCAUUCCUGUGCUGAACUCUGACCCGCAGAGCUGUCAAUCAUCUGCAGGCUCCGUGGGGGGUGUCACUGAGUCACGCACCUGGCCGGCAUUGUGACCAGUCGCAAACCCCAUCUCCUAGUCCCACAAAAGGCAGAUCAAAGACUUGACACUGUUGCAUUUUUGAUACUACUCCUCUUGUGUAGUCUCAAUACCAAAAUGUGGAAUGGCUCUCAGAGAUGCAGCUCAUCCUCUGACUACCAAAGGCAUUGCGAGCAAACAUUGCUUAGUCCAAACUCCUGAACUGUAACCAAACUGCAAACAAACCAAUGCCACAACCUUAACCAAACAAAAACCAAGCUACUUCCAAAACUCUCCAUCGACUUCACUGAUCACCUUUACUGAUAGCUGUUAUCUCUCGUACAUCCACGUAUUGGUGUUGUAGGACCAGUCUGCACCCUAUUGGCUGGCAAGUGACUCAAAGGACGCAGGUAGCCCAAAUCCUGAUGUUGUGAUUGGACAGUUCUGAGGUGUCACAUGAGGGGGGAAGGGACUCUCAAAGUGGAGCAUUGCCUGACAUUAUUAUCAAGUAGACAGCCAGAACCUAAUGGAACUACCACUUCAGCUCUCCUCUGGUUAAACCUUAGGAAUGUGUGUACAUUUUCAGCAGUGACUCUCUGUAUUGUUUCUUAGUUUCAGUUUACCUGCUUACCUCUCUUUAUCCUUUGGUUUUUGUUCUGUUUCUUGUUAUUUGAAAGUGUGACCCGAGGAAGAGGUGGGGACAGGGACUGGGUAGUGGCUUUAGACAGUGGAGCCCAGCCCUCUGACCCUCCACCCACGGGUAGCCAUGUAAUGCCAGUCACUGCCCUUUCCUUCAUGCUGUAUAAAAAACACACACAUAUAUCUGUGUAUUUGUAACCUGAAUCUUCUUGUGUCUGUCCAUGCAGACAAUAAAAAACUGUACAGUAGGUCUAGUUGCAUGUAAUCUGUACUAAUUAUUGACAAUGGCAUUAUAAAAUGCAAUAAAAUACUUAUUACACUGUC